AUGAGUAAUCAGCAAGAAAAUACUGCCACUGCAUGUUCAUCAACUUCGAAGAAACCUACUUCUGCUUCAUUACAAAAUGAUCUUCUGUUAUAUUUGAGCACACAUGAUGAAUUGAAUACAUGGUCAUAUGCAAAUGAACAUAAACUUGAUCAUCAACUUGUCAUUGGUACUUUUCGUAGUAUUCAAUCGAUAGGUGAUAUUAUCAAUAUGGAACAACGUACAUCACGAUCAAUAGCACCAACUGAUGAAGGACAAGCUUUAAUUGACAAUGGAAGUUAUGAAUACAAAUUAUUUCAAGCUGUUCCUAUUGAUAAAGGGAUUGAACAAUCUGAACUUAUGAAAUUACCAAAUUCUAAUAUUGGCUUUGCUAAAGCAAUGAAUAAUGGUUGGUUACAAGUUGAUAAAUCAUCUAAACCACCAAUAGUCAAACGCAAGGUAGAUAAUGUUCAUGAUGAAGUACAAAAUGUACUUAAACGUAUUCAAUCAUUACAAUUGUCUGAUCCGAAUGCUAAAGAAGUAAAUGAUUUAAAAAAAAGAAAAUUAGUUGAAGAUGUUGUUAUUAAUUACUUUAUUGUUACAAAAUCAGCUGCUUUUUCUACAAAUAUAUCAAAAGGUGAAACUGAAUUAACAGCUGAAAUGUUACAAACUGGCUCAUGGAAAACAUUACAUUUUAAACAAUAUAAUUUCAAUGCUAAUGGAAUGAUGCCAUCUUAUGGAUGUUUACAUCCAUUAUUAAAAGUUCGAACUGAAUAUCGACAAAUAUUUCUUGAAAUGGGUUUCACAGAAAUGCCAACAAAUAAUUUUGUUGAAAAUAGUUUUUGGAAUUUUGAUGCAUUAUUUACACCACAAAAACAUCCAGCACGUGAUGCACAAGAUACAUUUUUUUUAUCAGAUCCAGCUAUAUCAACGAAACUUCCUGAAGAUUAUGUUGAAAAAGUUAAACAAGUUCAUUCAACUGGUGCUUUUGGUUCCAUAGGUUAUCAAUAUGAUUGGCAACUUGAAGAAGCACAAAAAAAUGUUUUACGAACACAUACAACGGCUGUUAGUACACGAAUGCUUUAUAAAUUAGCUCAAGAAAAAACAUUCAAACCGGCAAAAUAUUUUUCAAUAGAUAAAGUUUUUCGAAAUGAAAAUCUUGAUGCAACACAUUUAGCCGAAUUUCAUCAAAUUGAAGGUUUAAUUGCUGAUUAUAAUUUAACAUUAGGUGAUCUUAUUGGCGUUCUUUAUGAAUUCUUUCGUAAACUUGGUAUGACUAAACUUCGUUUCAAACCUGCUUAUAAUCCUUAUACUGAACCAUCAAUGGAAGUUUUUAGUUAUCAUGAAGGUUUGAAAAAAUGGAUUGAAGUUGGAAACUCAGGAAUGUUUAGACCUGAAAUGUUACUGCCGAUGGGUCUUCCAGAAGAUGUAUCGGUUAUUGCUUGGGGUCUUUCACUUGAACGUCCAACAAUGAUUUUAUACGGUAUCAAUAAUAUUCGCAGUUUGAUUGGACCUAAAGUUGAUUUAGAAAUGUGUCAACAAAAUCCACUUUGUCGUGUUAUUGCUGCGACAAAUGAAGAGUAA